GCCUUACUGGACGCUAGCAUUUCCGGCGUGCGCUUGCACGUUUAACGAUUACGCCUACUACGCCUGCAUUAGCGUAAGGUGUGAUAUCGCAAGCGUGCUGCAGCCACACAGCCACGCCAUCGAGCAGACAAGACAAUGGCAGACGCCGGCGAAUCACCAGCCGCAAAACGCGCGAGGCACGAGGCCAUCGGAGCACGAGCACUAGCGCAGUGCCGCGGUUAUGGUAAGCUCAUAUUAUUCGGAGAGCACUUCGUGGUCUACAAGGUGCCCGCAUUGGUCGGCGCGGUCGCCGCGUACACGGACUGCGACUGCGAAUUUCUGGAGGAACCGGGCCUCACAGUAAUCGACGAGCGGCCGGCGGUGCCGCACUACAAGGUCAAAAAGGCCGACGAGGCGCAGGAGGCCAUCCAGCUCACGCUGAAGCAUCUGAACGUGGAUACUACCAAGCGGGGAGUAAAACUUACGUUCGGCGGCGACCUCUGCGCCGUCUCGGGCAUCGGCGCGUCGGCGGCGCAGGUCGUGGCCUUGGCUAGAGCAGUGGGCCGUGCUCUACCACUGAAAAUGAGCGAGGACGAGAUAAACGCGGCCGGCUACGAGGGCGAAAAGGGCUACCACGGCACGCCGUCGGGCAUUGACAACACGGCGGCGACGUUCGGUGGGGUUUUACGGUUUUGUCGGACGGACGGCGCGCCGAUCUUCGAGAAGAAGAAACUGAGGGAGCCCAUUAGAAUUGUUUAUGCGUCGACGGGGAUUACCGCCUCGACCACAACUGUUGUCGGUGAUGUUAGAGCGAAGAAAGAAGCGGAUGAAGCUUGGUUCGCGGGGUUGUUGACGAAGUACGAGGCUCUAUUGAAAAGAGGGGAGAGUGCAUUGGACGCGGGCGACGUCAACGCACUCGGGAAAUGUCUCGACGAGAACCACGCGUUGUGUCAAGAGCUCACGGUGUCCUGUCCGGAAUUAGACGCUUUGGUGGACGCGGCGCGGUCUGCCGGUGCUAUUGGCGCGAAGAUGAGCGGCACCGGGCGAGGGGGGUUGAUGAUCGCGCUGACGCCGUCGGCGGCGGUCCAGGACAAGGUGAAGGAGGCUUUGUCCAAGCUCGCGCCCCAGGUCUGGACGACGUUCCUCGCGUAAUUUAGGAUUUCUAUUA